AUGAGGAUCGUACUGCUGCUCGCUCUGCUCUCAGUAAGCAGCAGCAGCACAGUUCUUGUUCCAUCUGGUUUAGACGUCACUCUGACCUGUAGCUAUGAUAUAAAGAAACAUGGAGCUCUGACAGUUUGUUGGGGUCGAGGAGAUUUACCAGCCUCUGGCUGCAACGAUCAGCUGAUCUACACAGAUGGAUAUAAAGUGAAAGAAAGAGCUUCCAGCAGGUAUCAGCUGAGGGGUCGACUGGACCGAGGAGACGUUUCUCUGACCAUAGAAAACGUCACUGAAGACGACUCUGGGAGAUAUGGAUGUAAAGUGAUGAUAUCUGGAUGGUUUAAUGAUGAGAAAUAUUACACGGACCUGAGGGUGGACACAGCAACGUUAGCGCCCACAACAACAUCCUCUCACACAGAGAAGCCGGCCUGGUCGACAACAGCCAAUCAGAUGACAGGUCACAUGACGUCCAACAUCCUGACUUCCCCCUUCAGCGACGUCCAGGAGACGGAGGAAGCCGGUACUCUGGUGGUGGCUCUGGUGUGCGUUCUGUUCGGGGCGGUGGUUCUAGUCGCUGCACCUGUUGUCGUCGCAGCCAGAAGAUGUCGGAGAAUCGACAAAAUUGUCCAGCAGCAGGUCAGUACAUUGGUCCAGUUCACCUCCACCUCCUCUACGCUGCAUCUGCACAGUCGAGGCUCAGCGGUGGAAAACAGAGACAGAGGCAGAGAAUACGAGUGCUGUACAUAUGAGAGUCCAAAGGAGUCAUUUAAUGAAUGAACUCUGAACACAUUCCCCUUCUACGGCAAAUGACUCAUAGAGAAUAUCUCUCCUCCUCUUCUUUCCACCAUGUUCUCCUCUCUAAGCCUCUUAAAGUUCUCCUCCCUGCUCUCAGCACAUCUCACUGCAGACCCUUCUUUAGGAACCUUUCAUCUCUACCUCUAUCUAGGAACAACCUGGAGAAAACAUCAGGGUUCUAGUUUAAUGUUCUUAUUCUUCAUCCACUAGGAUCAGAUCUUUACUGAGAAUCUUUAGGGAUCUGGGUCCAGUUUGUUAUUAACCUCUGUGUCAGGUCAACAUGUGGAGAAAGAAACAUAGAAAAUAAAUGAAUUAUAUAAUGAACACCAGCAGUCGUGUUCAUUUGUUCUACAAGUCUGGACAGUUACAGGAACGUUAACAGGACCAGGCUUUAUGAACGUUCAGUAAAUCUAAUUUUAUAACCUUCAGAGAACCAGAGUUAAUGUUUAUGGACAUGUCUGAGUUAGUCUCAGCUUUCAUUUGAGUCAUUUUUAUCUUGUAAAGUUUUAGUCAGCGUCAUUUCAUUUUUGUUAACCUGUAGGUCAAUAACUUCAUGGAACUAGUGUCCUUAGAUGGGACUUCUUUAACUUCAUGACUUCCUGGUUUCAGAUUCAGUUUCCUGCAGAGGUCACGUGUGAUUCUGAGGCUUUAAUUUACAGUUUUUCUCAGAGGCUGUGGUGCAUUUCUCAGAUCACUAUUUACAUUUGCUCAACAGUUAAUGAAUUUCUCAAAACAAUUAGUACAAACUACAAAACCUAGUGGAUAACCUGCUAAAGUGCCUCACUUGCUCAAAAUGGAUAGUUCGUUCUUCAAAAGCAAGUAUUCAUGUCAAUGAAAGUGUCAUCGAGAGGAAAAGUCCUGACACCGUCAUCAGUUACUUAUUUACUUAUUUUUGAUCAUCUGUUAUAUAUUAUUGUUUUCAUGUUUAUUUUAUAUUGUAUUUCACCUUCAUUUUUUAAAAUGGCCAUGAGUUUCUGAAAGGCGCUUAUAAAUAAAAUGUGUUAUUAUUAUUUAUGUACAC